CGCUGUUCAAUAAGAUUUCAGAGCUGUAAGCUGUAACUUGGUUGAACAUCAGCUCCUGCCAAAAAAAAAUGGCAUCAAACAUUGUGGAGUUUUUGAAGCAUAAAAAUAUUUUGGUUACUGGAUCUACUGGUUUUCUCGCAAAGGUCUUUAUAGAGAAGAUUUUACGAGUACAACCCUCUGUGGGGACUUUGUUCGUGCUUAUCAGGGCUCCAGAUGUUACAGCAGCCAAAGCAAGGCUUCACAAAGAGAUUAUUGACAAGGAGUUGUUCAAAGUACUAAGGGAGCAGCAUGGCCACGAGUAUAAUGAGUUUAUGUUGCAGAAACUUGUCCCUGUUGUUGGUGACACGUCGAUCCAUAACCUGGGAAUAAGCGAGCGGUCUGUUAGAGAACAUCUCUGGGAAACACUGGAUGUUAUAGUAAAUACAGCUGCCACUACCAAUUUCGAUGAGAGAUAUGACACUGCUCUGGGUGUGAACACCAUGGCUGUAAAUAACUUUCUGGAAUUUGGGAAAAGGUGCAGAAAACUUCAAGUUCUUGUCCAUGUUUCCACGGCUUUCGUCGCCGGGGAAAAAAGUGGAGUCAUACCAGAAAAAUCUCUGCAAAUGGGAGAAACUCUAGUAGAUGACACCCACCUAACACUGGACAUACAAACGGAGUUGAAUUUAGCAAAGAAAUCUCUGGAUGGGAUACAAAAUAGCUUCGUUCCAACGCCCAAAAACUCAACCGACCAGAUGAGGAAACUUGGUCUUGAAAGAGCAAGAAAGUAUGGUUGGCCAAACACGUACACGUUCACAAAAGCGAUGGGAGAGAUGAUUUUGGGUGAGCGGAGAGGAGAGCUUCCCAUCGUUAUCAUUCGUCCAAGCAUAAUCGAGAGCACUUUCGCUGACCCAUUUCCUGGUUGGAUGGAGGGGAGCAGGACAAUUGACACUAUCAUUAUAGGAUAUGGAAAUGGGAGGCUCACAUCUUUCCUAGCUAAUCCCAACCUCAUACUUGAUGUGAUUCCAGCUGAUUUCGUGGUGAAUGCAAUGAUAGCAGCCAUGGUGAAACAUGCUUUGGAUUUCAAUUCACUCUCAAUUUAUAACGUGUCUUCAUCCACUGCAAAUCCUUUGAACUACUCAGUUCUGGUAGACAUUGGAUACCAAUACUUUUUGAACAAUCCUUGCAUGGGAAAAGACGGCAAAUUAAUAAAAGUUGAGAAAAUUUACUUGUUGGAGAGCAUGGAAAGUUUCGUGCGGUACAUGAGACUACGUUAUAAGAUACCGCUUCAGAUAAUGGGUGUGGCCAAUGAGUUGCUUUGUCAAGCCUUCGCAGAGCGCUACAAUCAGCAAUUCAAAAGGUUCAACUUUGUCAUGUAUUUGGCCGAACUCUACAAGCCAUAUGCUUUCUUUCAAGGAAGGUUUGACAACUUCAAUACAGAGCACAUGUUUAUGGGAUUGAGUGACUAUGACCGUGAAAUUUUUAACUUUGAUGUAAAAAAGAUUUCAUGGCCUUAUUACUUGAAUAGCAUUCAUAUUCCUGGAGUGAUGAAGUAUGUAGCUGAGGGACAAGGGGAAACUAAGGAUUGAAAUUGUCCUAGUGUGAUCCUAUUCAUCAUUCAUUCAUUAUUCAUGGAACAAAUGUAUCCAUCUAAUUAUUGUGUGCUUAGGCAUUAAUAUUUAUCUAUAUUCAAGUUUUAAGGCCUUUAAAGAGGUAGCCUCUUCAAGUUCAAAUAAUGCAAUAAAAUAAAUUUGUGAAGUGGAUGAAAUAAAUUUUAUUCUAAAUAAUUUUGAUAUU